UUCUUCCACCCCCGGUCCCCCACCACUCUGAGAUGUGAUACUUCUUCUGAUGAUGACGAUUAGGAAAAGAAAACCUUUAUAUAGCUUUCGACAAUGGAGGAGCGAGAAUAUAUAAAGCUUAGCCUAAAAAACAAGGAGAUACUCCAUUUUCCUCCAUUGACAAUUUGAUGAGAUCAAAUCAGAUUCCAUCUCCUUUACUUUUCGCCAUGGAGUCAGCCACGUACACACCUCCUCCUCUCCCUCCUUCACCCAUGUAGAUUGUAGACUUCGCUGUCGUCUCUGUAUCAGACGUUCGCCUACACGAAUCGGGAUCCCUCUGCCAUUUCCUAUUCACUCAUUUCUCUCUCCCUUCUCCAUUUUUUCAUAAAACCUAACCCCACCUCUUUUUGAGCACUGAUGAUACCAAAACUGCGGACACGAAGGCCAAUCUCAAUUUCUAACUUCUUUUCCCGAUCGUAUCAGCCAUGGCCAUAGGAGAGCAGCGAGAACCGGAGAUGGUCACUCGCCGUGGCCUGGUAGUCGGGAAUUAUUGCCAUGACGUUCUUUUCCGGGAUGGUCGAGUCGUUGGUGAGAGCCUCGGAGGUGCGGCUUCCUUUGUUUCCAACGUCUUCGACGGCCUCUCCAUUCCCUGCAAUUAUGUCUCUAAGGUCGGCUCCGACUUUGCUUACUCUGUUUCACACCCUCCUAUCACGUCUCCGUCGUCGAUGACCACCCUCUUUCAUGCUCAUUUCUUCUCCGACCGAGACUCGAGUCGGCACCAAGAUCGCAUUCUCCGACGGAUUCAUGCAUGCGAUCCCAUUUCACCGUCUGAUCUUCCAGAAUCGCAGUUUGAUUUUGGGCUGGCUGUCGGUGUUGCGGGAGAGAUAUUGCCGGAGACUUUGGAGCGAAUGCUUGAUAUCUGUCGUGUCGUUUUUGUUGACAUCCAGGCUCUCAUUCGUGUGUUUGAUCCUCUUGAUGGAACAGUCAAGCUUGUUGAGCUGAAAGACAGUGGCUUCUUUCAUCUCCUCCCGCGCAUUGGAUUUCUGAAGGCUUCGGCCGAGGAAGCGCCUUAUAUUGAUAUUGAAGAGGCACGGAAAUGGUGUGCUGUGGUUGUCACGGAAGGGAAGGAUGGUUGCAGGGUUUACUGGAAGGAUGGAGAAUUGCAGAUUUUCCCAUUUCCAGCCUCCCAGAUUGAUCCAACGGGUGCUGGGGACAGCUUCUUAGGCGGGUUCGUUGUCGGGUUUAUUUGGGGUUUGCCUGUGCCGGAUGCUGCACUCUUGGGUAAUUUUUUUGGUUCGCUGACUGUUGGCCAGAUUGGACUUCCCAAAUUUGACUCAAGGUUAUUGCAGAGAGUCAAUAAUGAGUUGCAAAGGAAGAUACACUGUAUGGGCUGCUGCAGAACAAGAGAUACAGCAGCUGACUUCAGGAUGUCAGUAGAGCAUAAAGAGUUCCAAGCUGCCCUUGUUGAAGCAACCAAGUUAUUAACCACCUACAAUGGACAAGAAGAUGAAUGGAACUCCCAGAAUUCUCCUACUAAAGAAAUAGAGCAGAUUGUACAUCAGCAGAAUGGUGAUCCACAGAAACUGUUUCCGGAUCCCAUUUAUGACGAAACAGUUCAGCAUGUCAAGGCUGCAAAGACGUAAGCGCAGCCCCUUUAGUUCUCUCUCUCUCUCUCUCUCCCAAUGUUUUCUGUAAUUUUCUAGUCAAUAAUUUGAUGAUCAGUGAGAAAUAUGUAGGCGUGGAGAUCUCAUGGUGGUCAUUUCUACAAGACAUUCUGAAACCCUAUGAUAUAGCUACCUGCACCAAUAAGCAGGAAAUACAAAUAUGGUAACAAAACCAACACUCGAGACAUUUUGAAGGGCACAGAGCCAUCAGCAAAUCUAAAGAUCCUUCAGGAUCAUUCCAUCAAAACUUAUUCUCUAUUGAAAAUAACAAAUGCUGAUAAGAUGGCCAAGACGCCCACAUUAGAUUAUGAACUAAUGCUGGCCUUGGUUUGUACUUAGUACAAUUGAGCGGGCACCAAUAUUGUGGUUUUGCCCCUUCCUUUCCACAUGAUACCCAAGAAAGUAUUUUGAUAUCCCUCACUCCGUCAUUGUUUCUUGGAAAUUUGGGUGGCUCUCAACCAGAAAUUUAGUGAGUGGUGACUACAUGUAUACAUCCAAUUUGAGUUCACGUUUGUUUUUCUUGUACCAUUCGCAUUGUGAUCUCACAUUUUAAAUGAAGCAAAGAUUUCAAGA